CGAGGCAUUCGGUAAAUAGGUUGACGAAGAUUUGGUUUUUACGUCGAACAAGUCAUUGAGUAAUCGUUUAGUUCACAACAGUCAAAUGGGGAAACAUCAUAAGGAUUCGAUACUUCCCACAAAUUCAAGAGGCAUACAGUUAAAAGCAGAUCCUAUUUACACGAUAAAAUUUGACAGGGUAAAGCUAUCUAUUUGGUGGUCUACAAAGAUUCUGGAGCUUAUCAGGAAGUUUAUCGCUAUUGCCUUCAUAACUUGCUUUGUUUGGACUCUUUGGAACCUUCCCCAAGCUAACAGCUAUCCAGAUAGAACAUGCCCAGCGUUAUCAUACCAAAUUCUUGGUAAACAGAAUACGACAAUCAGAUGCCAACCUUGCUCUGAUUGUCCCCCGGGGCGACAACUAACUCCACCAUGUGGUAGCAAAAUACAGCAAAACGCCGUAAUAGCUUGCACAGUAUGCCCGUCGAAUGCCUACAAGGAUAGCCAAGGCCGAGGCAUUUGUCUCCCAUGCCAGAAAUGUAGUCCGAAACAAACCAUCAGUCCAUGUUUAGCUUGGAAAAAUGCACGAUGUGGACCCUGCCCUCGUGGAACGUAUCCUUGGAAUAAGACAGAAAAUGUUUGCAAAAAAUGUUUUAAGUGUUGCGGGACGAAACGCCUUGCUACACUGGAGUGUAUUAAUCUAGGGCAAUGUUUAAGAACAAACUGCACCCUAGAAAUAAAAACCAAGGGAAGCGAUCCUCAAAUGUUGGCUUUAUAUCCCCCGAGGCUUAACACUCCCAAGAGAAAGACACCCUCAAACUCAGGGCCAAUUCAAAAUGUCCGUAGCAGUAACACUUCAGAAAACCCACCAAAAUCGGCAUUUAAUGUACAGGAGAUGUUAAAAAGAACGAGGGUUACACGAGAGGUUCAACAAGCCCUGGAAAGAAGUGGAAAUGAAAUGGCUACCGAACAAACCCCUUCGCUUCCAAGCAUUUCGCGCGCUGCAGUGGCUAACGCCAAACAUUCGAACGAGAGCUUUGGAACCACUUCCAAAGAAAUGAAUGUUAUGGAGACAAAACUUCAAACCGCUUCAAAUUACUUUGGAAUAAACUUCACAACACUUGUGAAAACUCUAACUGUACUUGUAGCCAUACUUAUUUUGGCGCUGAUUUCAGUGAGCGUGAUGAUAGCAUGCUUCUGUUGUAAAAGGCAAAGUAGGUGUGAAGUGAUUUGUUGUAUAAAGAUAAAUCCGACAAGUGCAGAAGAAUACAAGUCGCUAUUGGGAGAUAAUACAUAUCAAACCGGUCUCUAUCAAGGAGUCACCCUUAACAGAGGCAAUUUGGAAGGCACACUUUCAAAGGAAUACACAACUACUUCUGACCUUGAAAGUGUUCGUUUAUCAGACAUAUCGCCUGAUCUUGAGGACAUAAUCGUAAAGACACUUGAAGUGACGUGCAGUGGACAAUACGGCUGGAAAAAAGUGGGCAAGGUAUUGGGGGUAAAUCAGGAUAACCUUAAUUACUGGGAAAACUUAAAGUCCAUGGAAAAGCCUGCUACUGGACAACUGUUGGAAACAAUCAAAGCGACACACCCGGAAUUCACAAUUAUUGACCUUAUGGACACCCUAAGGAGCCCAGAGGUGCAGCUUCCAGAGGUUGCUUUGCGUAUCCAUCAACAUUUGCGCAGUGCAAGGAGGUAAAUGAUGUGCCUUCAAAAAGAAAGUAAACAGAACUUAAAGCGUAUGAAGUGGAUGGUGAUAAUAACUGAGAGCUCUUACACUACAUGUAUCAUAACAUAAAUACUCAGAGUACAAAAAAAGUCAUACACUUGUGCAUGUACAAUAUUAUGUAGUUUCAAGUUCACUUGGUGAAGACUCUGGGGUUUAUGAAUAAUAAUUUACAGCCCCCUGUAUGGGGCCAAUCAAAACCACUUACAUCUGAAAAUAGUUUAGAAUUUUGAGGAAGAAGUAAAUGUAAACAAAUCAUUCAACCUGAUCACAUUUUUGUCUCUAAGGAAUUAAGACUGUCCAUUAUGUGAUGAUACAACAGGUUACAUCUCAAAAGUUAAAAUAGAUGAAUUUACAAAGUACAUGACUUUGUACAUUAGUGUAUAUGAAAUAAGUAAUGGUGUAGAGAAAGAAGCACAUUACCUAUGCUUCUGAUACAGUAAAUUAUAACAAAUUUUUGAGAUUCAUAUUUUUGUAAAAGGGUUAAGGGGUUUGAAGACAUUUAAUAAGCACAACAAUGAUUACAACAGUAAUUUGCAGUAAUGAUAGAUGAAUGGUCACCAUUUUAGUUGUGAAAUUAAACCUGAGAAUGUUUCAAGCUUUUUUACUAUGCUUAAAACAAUCUUCUUGGAAUAUGUCAUAACCAAACAUAAAAAACAUUGUUGAAAUUAGUUAUUAUAAAAACCAUAGAGCACCUACGUUAUUCUAAAAAAAUAAAAAAACGAACAAAAAAAGAACAUA